GUACACAAGCGCCAUCGACCUCAUCCGAACAACCUGACGACCGCACCGCCUGUCGUCGCCGGCUGGAGCACUCCCCCUUACUCCACCACGGCCGCAUUGGACGACCCAGCGGCCCGCUCCCGAUCCCGCUCGUCUUGACGCUCCACUGCACGCUCACGCUCGCGCUCGCCCGCCGUCCGCGUCAACCAUGUCGGACAUUGAGAAGUCCUUCAACUACCUGCACGACAACAUACCACAAUGGUUCCAGGACGUCGCUGCGGUAGAGGAGAAGAUAGUGAAGAUGCAGAGUGAGCUGGCCAAGGUCCCCGUGUCAAGAUCACCGCCCAUGAAACGAAAGACGGGUUCCGUCGAGUCGAUACGGGGCCUUGACGCUAUAAGGGAAGAGCCGGGCUCAUCAACUGCCGCACACUCGAGCCCAUUCACGUCGCGAAAACGGAAAACGCCCUCGGUGCUAUCGGGCCAAGCAUCGGGCCCUUCGAAAUACCGGUCACGGACCAUGGUUGUGGUCUACUACGAUGGCCAGAUCCAGAAGUCUUUCGAGACGCUUGUUCGAGCAAUCGGCACUGGUCGCAACAUGCUCCGAAAGGGUAAGAUGGCGGCGAAGAUGGACGAGAUGGCAGCCCUGGCUGGCUCCGACGACGAUGACGACGACGACGACGACGACGAUGCAGUCAUGUCUAAGAUCGGGUACCGACAUCGCACAGGCCUCUCCUCGAUGCGGACUCGGGCGGCCAUGAUGCGAAGCGGACGCGGUCCCAACAACAGCAACAGUACACCUGUGGGGUUGUUCGACUCGACCGACAAGGCAUUGGAGCAGGCCCAAGGCUUGUGUGAGAGGGCUGCUCACCAGUCACUACGCGAAGGAGACUGUCGGAAAGAACUGGACGGCGUCCGCAAACACUUCGAGGAAGUGCUCGAAACCGCUAAAAAGGAAGUCACAAAGUACGCCGAAAGGAAAGAGAAGGAGGCACAACAAGCAGCCCAACAAGAGCUGAUAGUCAAAUUGCAAACGCCAAUACCAGCGCCAGUGCCAGAAUCGAAGGCAAUACUGCCUGCCGAAAUCCGACCAGCAACUGGCACCACGCCCACAACAACAAAGGUAGUGGACAUCGAAGUCGACGACGAAGAAGACGACGAGGACGACAUAGACUUCGUGAUGCCUCCGAUAAGGCUAACGUCGCGCGUCUAAAAGUUUGCCUCUCGCUCUCAUCUCCUUGGUUCCCGUCUGCGGCAAAUGACCUUUACGCAGGAUAUGACACGGCUCCGCAUUUUCCGAUACACAUCCCUACGUCGGCGUCUUCACGUUUAGAUUCUCCAAAAACUAUUCUC